AACAGCUGAGAACCGGAGUGAUCCUCGCGCCCAACUCCCUUAGAGCGACUCUUCAAAACUACUCUCAGAAAGGCUUCUCGAGAAUUUACAGAGACGAAGCGAUUGCGAGAUGGAAACCCUAAGUGCUACUGCUACGGUCAUCCCUUCAAUCUUCUCUCCAAAGCGGAAUUUAUCCACAACAACAAGACCACUUCGAUUCGCCAUUUCUUGCAAAAAUGAUGAAAGCGAUGACGAUUUCCGAUCCAAUUCAAAUGACAUGAACAUAGUUCCUGUUUUCAAAAAUCGCUUCUCCCUUUCUCCCCUUUCUAGGGAUGCCGCCAUGGGUUUGGUUCUGAGUGCGGCAACCGGAAGGGGUUGGACGACUGGUUCUGGAAUGGAAGGCCCUUCUGUUCCUGCUGGGGUUGAAAACGAAUCUGGCACAGAGAAGAUCUCGACCUUCCCUUGGUCCCUCUUCACCAAAUCGCCUCGUCGGAGAAUGCGUGUGGCCUUCACCUGCAACGUCUGUGGCCAGCGGACAACUCGUGCCAUCAAUCCCCAUGCUUACACCGAUGGGACCGUCUUUGUGCAGUGCUGUGGAUGCAAUGUAUUUCAUAAGCUUGUCGAUAAUCUAAAUCUGUUCCACGAGAUGAAGUGCUAUGUUGGCCCGAGUUUCCGUUAUAAAGAUCCGCAAGGAGAUGUUGGUUUCAAGUUUCUGGACAUGGAUGACCAAGAUGAUGAUAUCUUCCCCCUCUUAUAAAAUGAAAGAGGAGAUUUAUGCGGUGUGUACAUUCAUGGCCUUCCUUUCGCUGCACUGGAAACUAUUUAAUCUCCGUUGUAAAUAUUUCAUUUAUGUCUCUUCUAGGUCUAUUGGUUCUGUUGGUUGAAAGUCUCACUGGCUACUGUAUUGUUUAGUGGCUCCUAUUUUCUUUUUGUAGCAACAUUACUUAUUUAGUGUGUAUAUAAAAAUAAUAAACAUUGAAAUAGCAGUUCGUAUGAUAAGUCUGAUCUAUUACCGAUGAUGGGUUUGUUGUAGUCUCUUUCA